CACUGAUUUGUCAUUUGCUCCACCAGUUACAAUUCCACUAUCAGAGAGUUUAAGAAACUCCCUUCAAACACACAAACUCCUCUUUGACUUACCCUCACACACAUACAUCACAGUUCUGGAAUUAUCAACUCUGAGAGCUUUGAGAUUCUGCACUACUGCUAACAAUGGGAGUGGAAAAUACUGAGUAUUCAGAUGCUGAUUUCACCUACGAUUAUGAGUUAAUCAGAAGAGGUGGGCUGAUCUUCGCAGCUGUUUUGUUCUGUUUGGGCAUGGCUAUCAUAUUCGGCAAAAGGCUCAACUGCGGAAACAAGUCGUCUAAUAAGCAUGAAGACAGUGAUCUUUGACCUCUCCUUCAUUAACCUUCACUGUGAAUGGACACUUCAAUAAAUUCACCAAGGAUGACGAUUUUAUGAUUAUUUGUGGUCUCAAUGUACAGUGAAGAUUUUUUUUUUUU